UUUCGCCUAUUAUUUCCUAAAAAAACAUAUAAAUAAUACAUAUUUCCUUAUUUAUGCAGAUGGUCGAAUUUAGCUGGAAGGAGGAUUCUCUGGAGAGUGGGCGUGCACAUUUCUCCGAGGCCAUCCACUCUUACAUCACAGAUGAGAGAGUAGGAUUUGCUGAGCCUGUCCCAGGAGUUGAGCUCUACCUCUGCCCUUCCCACCCAAAAAUACUCACCAUACUUACCCACAACCUCUCUAAGGAGCUCCUCGGCAGCAUCAGCUCUGUCCUCAAUGGCCUCAUCGGCAUUGUUGUAUGGAGAAGACCCCAUGCAACCAUAUCACCUAGAGUAUCUUCCCACCACCACCGUCAUGGCAGCUCGAAGAAACAUUCGAGUUCGAAAAAACGUCAUGAAAGCAUGAAUCAUUCAUUCCGCCGGAAUCCAAUGCCUCUACCCAAUGAUGAAGACGAUGUUCCGCCCGGCUUCGGCCCGCCUAUUGCGAGAGAGGAUGAUGAUCUUCCCGAGUUUGAUUUUUCUCGCGGCCGAAGCUCCCAUCGUGCAGGCGCAUUGGCGGCGAAGGCGACAGCGACGGCUCCGCCCUGUUCGUCCAACCACAUGAGGGAACUUAUCCAAAAGUAUGGGCAGGGGGAGAACAUCAUUAGCGAGUUGGGGAUUCCUGUCGAGCCGUGGAAUGAUGAAGAUGAUAUUCCUGAGUGGAAUCCAAAUCAAAAUAUGAGAUCGAUGCCGCCAUUACCGCCGCCUCCGCAGCACUCAAAAUAUGAGAUCGAUGCCGCCAUUACCGCCGCCUCCGCAGCACGUGUAUCAACAGCAACUUAUAAAUGCCCACCCAUUUGCAAUAAACCAGAACCUGAUGCCCCCGCAGUUCAUACCUCCUCCUCCUACGCCCAUCCAGCCCCAGGUUGGGGGAAUGCAGCCUAA